AUGUUUCAUGAUUCAUUGAAAAAGAAAGUGCAUGAAUCUGAAUUUAUUGGAGACAUUGUUAAGAAGAUAUCAGCAAAACUAUGUCGGACAUAUCCAGUUACUCAGAGCGACUUGGUUGGUAUUAGUGAACGCUUGGAGGAUUUGUAUUUGAAAAUAAACAUUGGGGAAGAUGAUGUCCGCGUUAUAGGAAUUUGCGGAAUGGGUGGCAUCGGUAAAACGACACUCGCAAGAGUUGCUUACACUCAAAUGUCACCUCAUUUUGAAGGUAAAAGCUUUAUUGCUGAUAUUCGAGAAGUUUCAGACAAAUGCGGACUAGUUUCUUUACAGAAACAACUUCUUUCACAGAUCUUUCAUGGUGAAUGCUUCAACUUUUUCAAUGUUCAUGAAGGAAAUAAAAUAAUUAGCCAUAGGUUGUCUCACAAAAAGGUUCUUGUUGUUCUUGAUAAUGUUGAUAAAAUACAACACCUAAAAUGCUUGGUUGGAAGGCAUGAUUGGUUCGGAUUAGGGAGUAGAAUCAUUGUAACAACAAGAGACGAACAUUUGCUUCGAUGUUGCCAAGUUAAUGAUGUGUAUAUGCCCACAACAUUGAAUCCCAAAGAUGCGCUUCAACUUUUCAGUCUGAAAGCUUUUCAUAGUGAUACAGUGCAGAAAGAUGAUUUCAUUGAGCUUUCUAAACAUGUUGUAAAUUAUGCUGGUGGACUCCCUUUAGCUCUUGAAGUUUUUGGUUCCUUUUUGUGCGGUAGAGAUGCGACUCAAUGGAGAAGUGCGAUUGAAAGACUUAAAAGAGAUUCUAAUAAAGAAAUUCUCGAUAAACUUCGAAUCAGUUUUGAUGGACUGGAAGAAAGGGAGAAGAAUAUAUUUUUAGAUAUAGCAUGCUUCUUUAACGGGGAGAAGAAAGAUUUUUUAAUGAAAGUAUUGGAUAGUUGUGAGUUUUUCCCCGAUAUUGGAAUUGAUGUUCUCAUUAAGAAAUCUUUAAUAAAAGUCGAUGAUGGCAACCAAUAUUUGUGGAUGCAUAGCUUGUUGCAAGAAAUGGGAAGAACAAUUGUUAAAGAAAAAUGUGUUGAUGAACCUGGAAAACGUUGCAGAUUGUGGGAGGGAAGUGACGUCCAUCAUGUCCUAACAAAAAACACUGCUACAGAAAUGAUUGAAGCCAUAAUCAUCGAUAAUAAAAAGGAAUCGAACAAGAUGAUCAAUUUAAGUGUGGAUACCUUCUUGAAGAUGAAAAAAUUGAGAUUGCUCAAAGUGCUUUGCCUUUUAAAUUGUGAUGAUCUCAAGUAUCUUUCUAAUGAACUACGACUUUUAGAUUGGACAGGAUACCCUUUAAGAUACUUGCCUUCAAGCUUUCAACCGGAUAACCUUGUCGCACUUCUUUUACCAUAUAGUCACGUUCAACAACUAUGGAAGGGAAAUAUACCCUUGUUUAACUUGAAAAUAAUGAACCUCAGAGGGUCUCAAAACCUGAUCAAGACACCAGACUUCACAACCGCAUCAAAUCUUGAAGUUUUGAUUUUGGAAGGUUGUACCAAAUUAGUGGAUGUUCAUCCAUCAAUCCGGGUGCUUAAGAGCCUUAAACUUUUGAAUUUAAGAGAUUGCAAAAGUCUUAGGACUCUUCCAACCAAAAUUGGAAUGGAAUCUCUUGAAACAUUAAUUCUUUCGGGUUGCUCAAGCCUUGUAAGGUUUCCAGAGAUUGAUAGAAAAAUGGAACGUCUAAAAACUCUAGAUCUUUCUGGUUGUUAUAGAGUUGAAAAUUUAUCAGAGAAUUUGCAGCAAGCAAAGUUACGACCAAAUUUGUCUUCUCUUUUCAAGGUAAUCGUAGGAAGAAGGAAGAAUCCCAUGCCUCGUAUGUUGCCUUCGCUGUUAGGUUUGAGUUCAUUAAGAGAGCUAAAACUAAGGGACUGCAAUCUUUGUGAAGGAGAUAUUCCACGAGAUAUUUCUGGUCUAUCCUCUUUGAGACGUCUUGAUCUUAGUGGUAAUAAUUUCAUCAGCAUACCUGCAUCUCUUACUCGACUCUCGAAGCUUUCGUCUCUUGAUUUGUCAAAUUGCAACAUGGGCACUCUUGGUGAAGCAGAAAUUCACGGUCUAUCCUCUUUGAAAUGUCUUCGUCUUUGUGGUAACAAUUUCAUCACCAUUCGUUUGGCUCUUACUCAACUUUCCAGGCUUGAAUCACUUGUAUUAUCAAAUUGCAUGAAGCUUAAAUUGUUGUCUGAGCUACCGAUUAGUUUAGCAUGUGUGAUUAUAGAUGGUUGUUCUUCACUUGAAGUAGUUACAAGUCUAUCAAAAAUAUGCAAUUCAGUUAUAGCCAUUAACUGCUUCAAACUGGCUGCGAAUAUCAAUGCAAUAACACUGCUGAAAAAAUAUCUUAAGGCGUUUGGAAAUUCUAGAAAAAUGUUUCAAGUAAUUAUCCCAGGAAGUGAAAUCCCAGAUUGGUUUAGCGAACAAAAAAGUGAGUCGAGUCUUCAAUUAAGGUACCCCUACCUAUCAACCUUCGAAAAGAUAGUCAAUGGGUUGGAGUUGCUUGUUGCUGCAUUUUCGUUAAUACUCAUGUUUCAACGGAUGUCCAACAUAUCGUGUUCGGAGAAUCUAUUUUUCGAGGUAGAAUUCGUCAACAGAUUAAAUGGAGAGGCAAGUUGGCGGGUAAAGGAUAUAACCAGCCCAUAAUGAAAGAUCACCUUUUUCUUUGUUAUUGGUCGCGUGAUGUAUUAGAUGUAUUUGCCUAUAAAUAUGGUUACAGUGAAACCAAUAAUUUAUGGACAACAGAUUGCUCAGAUGAGGAAUGCAAUAUGUUUGAGGUGGCGUUCACAGCUCCAGCUGGAUACAAAGCUAAGGUGAAGAAGUGUGGUGUUAGAUUAGUGUAUGAAAAAGAUUUGAAAGAAAUAAAAGAGUUGCAGUGCCAUACCA